UAACAGCUAAGCCUUCGCCUGGGCACAAUUUCUCUUUAGCCGAAGCUGUGUGUUUCUGUAUCCCGACGGCUGCUGGUAUCCGGAGGUCCGCAGAACAGCGUCGUCUCCUCAUUCUGCGAAAAUGGGGAUCUCUCGUGAUUCGAUGCACAAGAGGCGUGCCACUGGUGGCAAGAAGAAGUCCUGGAGGAAGAAGCGAAAGUAUGAGCUCGGUAGGCAGCCUGCUAACACUAAAUUGUCGAGCAACAAGACAGUUAGGAGAGUGAGGGUUCGUGGAGGGAACGUGAAGUGGCGUGCGUUGAGGCUUGAUACUGGAAACUUCUCAUGGGGUAGUGAGGCAGUGACCAGGAAGACCAGACUUCUUGAUGUGGUGUACAAUGCAUCUAACAAUGAGUUGGUCCGUACUCAGACCUUGGUCAAGAGUGCCAUUGUUCAGGUUGACGCUGCACCAUUUAAGCAGUGGUACCUCCAGCACUAUGGAGUUGACAUUGGUCGCAAGAAGAAAAAUCCAGCUGCAGCAGCUGCUGCCAAGAAAGAAGGAGAGGAAGCUGAAGCUGUCACUGAAGAAGUGAAGAAAAGCAGCCAUGUGACAAGGAAGCUGGAGAAGAGGCAGCAGACCCGCCAGCUUGACUCACAUAUUGAGGAGCAGUUCGGUGGUGGGCGUUUACUAGCUUGCAUUUCAUCACGCCCCGGUCAAUGCGGCCGUGCUGAUGGAUACAUCUUGGAGGGCAAAGAGCUGGAGUUCUACAUGAAGAAGUUGCAGAAGAAGAAGGGCAAGGGUGCUGCUGCCUAAAUUUUUUGCUUACCACCUUGAUAUGUUUGUUGGAGCAACAUCUAUUUGUCAGCUUUUCUUCAUUAUGGUCGUCUAGACUUGCUUUGAGAUAUGACAGUUAGAUACCAAGUUUUCACCCCUUCACUACUGCUGAACCAUAAUUUAGGGUAUUUGUCAUGUUCUGCUCCCCUCAGUUAAAUGAUAAAUUUCUGUAUCUUCUAAAAGUUUGGAUGUGCCGUUUUAUUUUGGUUCAAGGUGGUGUGGUCAUUUUCUUCUGCAUCAAUCGCUCUGCAUUGCUAGCUCUGGUGCGAACUUGGUAACAUCAGUGUUACUUUUCUUUGCCAGAGCUUAGAUCUGUA